AUGUCCGAUUACUAUUCGGAUAACGAGGCCUUUGCUGCCAAUCAUUCCUUACCUACCCCCACCGGCACUCCAUACGAUUCGCUUUCACGGCGGAAUUCCAGGCAUGAAACACCCGGCAGUGACAUCACCAGCUCGCCGCCUCCCGUUCCGCCGGACCGAGAAUUCUGUUCAGACGAUGCCGCCAACGACGAGAACAUUUCAAUACUCGACCCUCGCCGCUUCACCCCAACCCUGCAUGCCAAUUUGGUGUCGGAGAUUCUCAAUCUCCGCCGCGAGCUCGAUUCCAAACAUCGAUUCAUCGAUGACCUCGAGGCCAAUCUCGAGGCAACCCGAGCCGACAAUGAGUCACUCACCAAGCAGCUGGCCGCUUCCACCAAAGAGAGCAAGUCUGCAAAGAAACAGCUCCAGCACUUUGAGAACGAAACCCUCGCUGCCCUGGAAGAGAUUGCCGGGGAGAGGGACAAGAUGAAGGAGGCCAAUGCUGAUUUGCGCCAGAAGCUUGCUGCCGCUGAGAAGAAGACGCGGAACCAGGAUGAUGAUUCGACCAGAGUGCACGACAUGUGGGCGCGUGAAAAGGAGGAGUGGUCCGGAGAAAAGCGAUUGCUGGAGCGACGGGUUCACGUAUCCGAGACCCGGCUGAAGAUGCUUCUGGAAGAGAUUGCCAUGCAAGAAGAGGCCAACGAAGAGGCUCGUCUCGAAAACGAAGCCGAAGAGUUGGCCCAGGAUGCUGGUGUGCCGGAGAGCGACGCAGGCAGCAUACGUUCAUCGCCGCAACGGAGACCAUCCACUCGCGUUGGACGUCAUUCGAGGACCCGAAGCAACAGUAGCUGGAAGAGCCUAGGCCGGAACUACCGCAUGUCUUUGAUGAGUGCUGACGGGCUCAACCGCGGCAACGGUAUCAGUCUUGCAGAUGAGCUUAUUUUUGACGAGGAAGAGGAACUGGAUGAAUUGGAGCUCGACUCGGCGGAUGAUUUCUCCGAGCACGAAAUCAAAGCACGCAAGGCCCUGGAGACGCGGCAGUCGAUGCUGCCGGACGAAAAAGCAAAGCGCAUACUAGGCUUGAGCAAUGAGCCUCACCAGGGUAUCCGGGAUAGCCCUGUCGCACCGUCCGAGGAUACCGAGCCGAGAAAGACGUCUUACGAGACCGAAAAGUCCUCGAUAACAGCCACGCCUCGCGAGCUAAUGUUGGGUUUCCCACCAACACGGCCUAUCUAUGUCAGCACUGGCGUCCAGCCAUCUCCUCCGCCCUCCCCAACGAAGCCUGCCAUGGUUGAAGCGGCAUCACAGACCAAUGAGCCAAUUGUUCACACCAAGCCCAUUGAGACCGCAUCUACCGCUGCCGAAAUCGAGGCAAAUCAGAGUCGCAAGAGGGUUUCUGUGGCCCUGACUUCUAGCUCGCCACCCCAUGUCCGCCCUGAAACAUGCAUAAUGACAUCGACUUCAGUCCAGACUAUUGAGCCUUUAAGCCCCCCGCCGACUCCCACCAUUCCAGCGCCCUCGGAUGAAAAACUCUUGCAACAAAGUUGCCCACCUGAGGUUGUAUCCGUAUCCAUUGCAACUCAGACAGAUUCUCCCGUCGAGCUAAAUGUCGCACCUGAGAUACCCAAGCGAGCUACUCCACCAGCUCCCAUUCCAAUCCCGUCAAUUGCUAUACACGCCCCAACAUCGGCGCCUUCGUCCCCUAGAGCGCCUAUCCUGCCCCCAGGCACGAAGAACAUGUCGACACAGACGAGCGGAGAGCUGGUGGUCUCAAUGCAAUCAACAGGCAUGCAGACUGAGCCCAUCAGGAUUGACCAAAGGCCUGUCAAGCUUCCACCGCAUCUCCUUCCAUCUGCCAUUACAUCCAAGCCCGGAACACCAGACAACAGCGGAGUCGCUACGAAGGAUUCCCAUCAAUUUGUCCCGGAUGACACCCAACAGUCCGCGUCGAAGACGAAUGCGCGCCAGAAUCUUGCAAGCCGACUUGAGGAGGCUGCUGCAAACAAGGAAAUUGAGAAUCGGUACCCUGGAAACAAUGAUAACGGUCCAUUGUCCAGCCAGCACCCCAAGGACCUCCUCAGUCGACCCUUCCGCACAAGCAGCCUUUUUGCUGGAUUUGACGGCCCGUCGUCUGAUGAAGAAGAUGAAGAAGUCGAAUGGAGUGAUGACGAGCGUGGCGGUCUCCAGUACUCGACCCCGAUGCUCUCGUCGCGGAAUGCCAAGAGUGGACGCCCGGUAAACCCCCCGACACCUGUGCCAGAAGACAAGGAGACUACACCAAACCCCAGGCCGUCUGAAGAUUCCAUUAACAGCGUAUCAAUGCACUCGAAGCGUGGGUCCAUGGAAAGGCCUGCCAGAAUUGGCAAGGCUCACCGCAACUCGAUUAGCCGCCAACCCAGCAUUCGGCGAUCUGCGAUGAUCCAAAGCAGCACUGCAGCACAUGCUCGCUCUCGAAGCCCAAGUAUUGGCAGCCUGGGAUCAGGCAAUUACUUGCCCAAGCCGCCUUUCCCGGUGCCUACCCGGUCUAGUUCGCGCAACAAGCCGAUGAGCAAGAGCGAGGGUUCCCAAAGCCCGACGCGCCGGAACAGCGGUUCGCAUGGUGGGCGCCGUCCCUAUGGCGUGAAGCAUCAACGAAAGGAUAGUAUAAGAAAGGUGCGAUCUGCUGCUCCGGUGGCAAAGGGUAGUCGCUCUCGCAGCAGGUCCCCAACGCUUCCAGCUACUCCAAGCAACGCUGAUAGCUAUUCCAUUCCACCACUUCCAAGCGACAUUGCCAGCGCUAGCGGCUUCCGUCACCGCCAUCAGCCUUCGAAUGCCACGGCAGCAACGGGUCACACAGCCAACGGCUCAACCUACAGCUCCGUCAGCCAGACCAGCGUCGUUGACGCAAUUGCUGCGUCGAUGAUUGGAGAGUUCAUGUGGAAGUACGUCCGCAAGAGGAAGCCCUUUGGCGGCCCCGAAACAGACGUCAAUCGCGAGGCAGAGGAGGCUUCUUUGACCAAUCAUGGUGUGAGGCACAGGCGCUGGGUUUGGAUCUCGCCGUAUGAGAGGGCCAUUCUCUGGAGCAGCAAGCAGCCCACGUCUGGGUCUGCAUUGAUGGGCAAGAGUGGUCGCAAGCUCGUGAUUCAAUCUGUUCUCGAUGUCGCCGACAACUGCCCUCCUCCAAGGAACGAGACACUCUUCAACCGCUCCAUCCUUAUCCUUACCCCUGCUCGCGCACUCAAGUUCACUGCAGUGUCGCGUGAACGCCAUUACCUGUGGCUGACGGCGCUGUCUUUCCUUGCCCGCUCGACCACUCCCAUGCCGGAUGUUGGAUCUCUACCACCUAUCCCACCACCAAUUGAGGAACCUGAAUACCGUCGACAGGGCGCAACCCUCCGCCGUAGCCGUGUGCAAGACUCUGUGCGUCUUGCAAAGGGCCGGGUAAACCCGGUAAUGGCACGCUAUGCGUUACAUGACGAGCCGGUGCCUAGCCUACCUCCAUUCAUUGGCCUCGAGGAGCCAGUGCAAGAAGAAUCCGCCAGUCCGCCCGUCAUCCGACGCGGUCCGCAACACGGCAGGAAGAGGAGCUCGACCGGACCAAGUGCGCCCCCUCCAAACGUUCCAUUUCGAACUUUCUCUCACCAACACGUACCGUCAAUCUACUCCAACGGCUCAUCCGACAUGUACAGCGCCGGCGUUCCACCGUCAGUGCCCUCGACAGAAUACAACCCCAAUGGUGGUGCCAUGAGCUCGCGAACUUCAGAGGCAAGCAACUCGACUCGGCAACACUUUUUCGAUACCAUGGGGACCGUGCGAAUGGAAGCUUUCAUCGACAACGCCCUCGGUGAACCAAAGCAGUCGGGUAGCAGCUACGGCCCACGGGCACAGUACAUGCAGCACCGCCGUCGCCGUGGAAGUAGCCAAUGGAGUACCAGCACGCGCGAGCAACCUAGCCGUGGCGCUGGCCUUUUCGACUUUGAUCUCGGUAACGAUCCCUUCCGCAGCUUCUAA